UUAUUUUAUUUUUUAAAAUCGUCUGCUUAUCUCGAAGAAAACAAAAUGGAAAUUUCACAAAAUUUCCGAGUUGAUAAAAUAAAAUCGAACAUCGAAGAAUUAAGCCGCGUUAAACAAAAUCUUGAAAAAGAAGUGCAAAUUUCUUAUACAGCCAGAAGAAAUUUGGAAAUGCAGGUUGAAAGAGCUAGAAUAAAAUUUAAUCAAGUAUCUGAUAAUCAUACUAAAAUGGAAGAAACAUUUAAAGUUGCAAAAUUUAAAGCAGAACAAAUGGAUAAUUUAUGUGAAAGUGAAAAUAACAGAAAUCAAGAAUUGAGAAGACGAAUAGAUGAAAUUAAGCAAAAACUGAAAGAGGAACAAAACAGCCAAAUUGAAAACCUUUCAAAAUUUGAAGAAAAACUUGAUAGCCUGACUAAAAAAUUUAUCAAUAGCAUUUCAUAUUAUAGAGAUUCAUCUUUAGAACAAGAAAUAGUAGAAACAGAAAAGAAACUUGAACAGAAUUUGAAAAGAGUUGAAAAUGUUGAAAAAAAAAUUUCUGAUGUUGUCAGUGAGAUUGAAAAUUUGAAUGAGGAAACAAUAUCUGAUGAAGGGGUGCCAUUUGAACAAAGAAAUAUAAUAUGGUUUGAAUAUAUUUGUAUUAUAAUUGAACAUUGUCUAUUGUAAUGUAAUAUCAAUACACCAUUCAUGUGUAUUUGCCUGUGUUUUCAUACUUUAUGGUCACUCUGUAUAAUGUAU